CAUCCACAUCAUCAGCAGCAAGAGCUCCUCCAUCCUCCUCGCCAUUCCUCCGUCUUUUUUCUCCUUUUCUGCUUCUCCUCCUUAUACCACCAUCCUUGCAUAUUCAUUCCCUUUCUCUUUCCCCCCCGACAGGAGCAGGUUGAAGCAGAGGACUGUGUACACAGCAGGAACGGCAGCAGCGGGCAGACUUGUAGGAUGCCUAGGUUCAGGAUGCUUCAGUAGGCCCCAGCAGCAUGGGCGGAGCCUGGGUGGGAAGAGAGAUUACAGAUUGGAGCCUUCCCCUCCGGACGGGCGAACUGGCGGGCCACCCUUCCUCUUCUUCAGAUGGGUGAGGACGCUGAGAGCCCCAAAAUCAACCAUACCUUCCUGAGAGACUACGUUACUGAAGCUGAUGUCAUCUCUACAGUGGAGUUCAAUCAGACAGGGGACCUGCUGGCCACAGGGGAUAAAGGUGGCCGAGUGGUCAUCUUUCAAAGAGAGACCGAGCCUAAGGGUGAGUUUGAAGAGGCAGGCGAGGUGGGGGACUCGGGAGAGUACAACGUCUACAGCACCUUCCAGAGCCACGAGCCUGACUUUGACUACCUGAAGAGUCUGGAGAUAGAAGAGAAGAUCAACAAGAUCAGAUGGUUGCCGCAGCAGAAUGCAGCACAUUUCCUGCUCUCCACCAAUGAUAAGACCGUCAAACUGUGGAAGGUUAGUGAGCGAGACAAGAGACCAGAAGGAUACAAUCUGAAAGAUGAGGAGGGACGGAUCAAGGAUGUUUCCACCAUCACCUCUCUGAGGGUGCCGGUGUUGAAACCAACAGAUCUGAUGGUAGAAGUUCGUCCAAGGCGCGUAUUUGCAAAUGGACAUACAUACCACAUCAACUCCAUCUCUGUCAACAGUGAUGGGGAGACUUACCUGUCUGCUGAUGACCUCCGCAUCAAUAUGUGGCAUCUGGACAUCACCGAUCGUAGUUUCAACAUUGUAGACAUCAAACCUGCGAACAUGGAGGACCUGACGGAGGUGAUAACAGCAGCGGAGUUCCACCCUCACCACUGCCACCUCUUUGUGUACAGCAGCAGCAAGGGGACCCUGCGCCUCUGUGAUAUGAGGGCCUCAGCUCUCUGUGACAAACAUACCAAACUUUUUGAGGAGCCUGAAGAUCCAGGGAGCCGCUCCUUUUUCUCAGAGAUUAUUUCCUCUGUUUCGGAUGUUAAGUUCAGCCACAAUGGGCGCUACCUGCUGACAAGAGACUACCUGACAGCUAAGGUGUGGGACCUUAAUAUGGACAAAGGCCCAGUUGAGACCUACCAAGUCCACGAAUACCUGAGGAGUAAGCUGUGCUCCCUCUAUGAGAAUGACUGCAUCUUUGAUAAAUUUGAAUGUGUCUGGAACAGCUCAGACAGUGUGAUCAUGACGGGAGCGUACAACAGCUUCUUCCGCAUGUUUGAUCGUGAGACAGGGCGGGGUGUAACCCUGGAGGCGUGGCGGGAGAACAGCAAGCCCCGGGCGGUGCUGCGUACCCGCCGGGUGUAUACGGGCGGGAAGCGUCGCCGUGGCGAUGUGGGUGUUGACAGCCUGGACUUCACCAAGAAAAUCCUGCACAUGGCCUGGCAUCCGGCAGAGAAUAUAAUCGCCAUAGCAGCUACCAAUAACCUUUACAUCUUUCAGGACCGUGUCAACCCUGAUGCACAGACACAGUGAGAGGAACGCAAACACAAACCUGAAGCUAUUUUGGUGUUUAAAGAAUGCAUAAGAAAAUUUCAGCCUCUGGAGAUGAGGUGGUUGAUUAAUGGCUUAAUCACCGACUGAUACUUAAAAUGAAAGAAUUUAUUCACAAAAAAAAAGGUGUUGUCAUUUUUCUAACCCUGAGAUGUCCUCAUAUCUCUAGGGGUUAUUGGGACUUGAUUUUCUUGCUGCACUCUGCUCCUACUUUUCCAAGAUGUUUGUGUAAUUUCCCUCUGCCUGAGCAGUGAAGGAGGUGCGGGGACACCUCCACAUCUGCAACGACUCAGUGCUGUUAAUCACAGUGUCGCACCACUCACUAAUCAACUCUUUUAAAACAAAACAGAAAGCGCUUCAGUGAAGAAGUGUCUAAUGCUCCUGAGACAACCGGAUGACUUUACAAGACAUCAGUUUUUGUUUGUUUUAGUUUUUCAAAUGUGGAAUGUCUGCUAUGGUUAAAGGGAAUGUCUCUUUGCAACUUUCUUUCUUUUGUCUACCUAGUAACAACAGGUACUGACCCUCUCCUUUAGAGCAGUGCUCUUGGAGAUUACACACAAGUCACACAUAAUAUAUUCACACUGAAAUUGUAUCACCAAGAACAGAUAAACAGUAUUUCUGCUAUAGAUCAUAAGUCUUUUCCUUCUACAUGUGAUGUAUACACUUUUUACAGUCAGGUGAUUUCUUAAAAAGACAAUACCUCUUUGUUUUAAACAUGUUUUGUUGUGUCAACUGUAAAUGAAGAUCAAAUCUCAUGCAGAAAGGUUCUAUGAUCUUUUUAACAAUGUAAUUAUUGUGUAGCAAUACAUAUAGAGUUAAUGGUGGAUGAGAGGGCUGGGUGAACAGAAUAUAAGGCGACCCGAAGUCUUUUGUUUUUGUUUUUUACUAGUGUCUAGAUUAAGGAAAGUGCCGUGCAAAAGCAUUCAGGUCCCUUAACACUUCUACAUUUUGUCAGGUUGUAACCGCUAACUACGUUUCUUUUUUUUUUUUUUGUUGAAAUAAAGAGACAGACAGCUUUCUAAUUUGCAUCCAGUUCUCCAUAAGUUCAUACUUUGUUCGACCAUUGGCUCAAUUACAGCUGGAGGUGUGCAUGUCCUCAUAAGCCCUGCACAUCACAAGUGGAGUUAGUUCAGACUUUGACUUGGGGGUUUUGGAAUAGACGUUGAUGUAAACCAUCCCCCACUAGCUCUGGCUGCAUUUUUAGGGCAAUCUGUAAGGUAAAUCUCCACCUGAGACUCAAGACUUCUAGAGCCUCUAUCCACCUCCCAUCAGUUUUUGCAUCUGUCUUAUUCCUUCAGCGUUUUGCAUUAAAGCUAAUAGUUCACUUUAAAUUUCAUGUGAUAAGAACACCUUUUUCAUCAUGUUUACUCUGUGUGGCAUAUGGUGAAGUGCAACCAGAAGUUCUUAUGGCUACCUCAGUGAGAUAUCCAAAGUCUGAGUUAUUGUUUUAUCAUCCUGCUUUAUUUCUCUUUAGGAUGCUAUUUAUUUACUGUUAUAAGAUACAUACUGAGGUAUUCACAGAACAGCUGGAUACCAUUAUUACUAAUUAGUUAAUUUGAUUUAAUAGAAAUGCAAAACAUACAGAGAACUAUUUCUAAUUUUAUUUAACCCUCAUUUGUUUUGCUUUUAUUUCACAGCCGUGUAUUAAGUUGUUUUGGUUCUUGCAUACAAUCCCAAUAUAAUAAGGAGAAGGUUGGGGAUAUCAAAAGACAAACUUGUGGAAAUGCUCGAGGUAUAUGAAUACUUUUGCAAACCACUGUGAAGAAGACAAAAUGUAACUGUUAUAUGUGCAAAAACAAAAUGAGCCUUGUUCAUUUUAUAACACAAAAGCACAUUAUGAAAAGGAGUCAAAAUAAUUAGCACACUGUUUAUUAAAGAGAAACCCUGGUCGGCUAACAUGCUGACAUGGCUAUGUUUUUGUCUAAGGAGUGUUUGGGGGUCAGAGGUUAUCAUCAGUGCAAUAGCUCAUCAUAUGCAUCAUUGAAAGAUCUUCAAUGUCCAAUUACUAUAAUGUAGAUUUAUCAUAGUGUAUCACAGGAUUUAGUUCAUAGCCGAUAUCUUAUCGCACAGUUUGCUGCUUUGGGUUGUAUUAAAGAUGCAAAACGUGAUGGACUGCUUUAUUGCUUAGGAUGCAGUACUUUGUUCUCAAGUGACCUUGGUCCUGACAUGAUUAUGAAGAGGUGUAAAUGCAUUUUCAUUAGAAAUGGAGGAAAAACACAUUUUAAAAUGAAAUGGGGGGAUAUGAUAGGAUUUUUUUUUAAACCAGAGGUUUGACUCUUGUGGAAAAGCUGUGAACUUAGGCCAAAAAAGGAUUUUCAUUGAAUUUGUUUUGCUCGUCUGCUAUCUAUAAACCUGCGUUCUGUUUCUGCAAAUGAGGAAAAAACUUGUGUUAAAAAUGUGAGGAUCCACAAAUGAAGUAGUUUAAAUGUCAUCGAGUGACGUAUAAAUGCAUCAGACUCACCACCAUAGAGCAGGGAGAGGAUUCGUGUUCAUGAUCACAGCAGCAUCUGCAGCAUGUUACCAUUAAUCAGUGCUUCUUACCUGUAUAUGUGUCAUACUAAAAAAAUAUGUAAAUUUGCAAAACAUUCACGUCAGAUGACUGAAAGGAAUGUGCAUUAAUAAAAUUAUCUGAAAUUAGGACAUUUUUUGUCUUUGUG